AUGGGAUUUAAUGUUUACAMGAAUAAGAAGAUUGAAGCAAGAAGACCGGACAUCAUAGUCGUAGAUAAGAGCAAGAAGAAGGCGAAACUGAUUGACAUCUCAGUGCCUAUGGACCAUAGAAUUGAUGAAAAGGAAAUGGAAAAGAUUGACAAGUACCAAGACCUAAGAAUAGAAAUAGAAAGAUUGUGGAGGAUGAAGGCCAUGGUAGUUCCGAUAGUCAUUAGAUCGCUCGGAACAAUAUCAAAACAAUUUAAGGAACAUGUUCAGAGACUAGAACUUGAUAGUAUAAGCUUGUUAGACCUACAGAAAUCUGUACUUUUAGGCACGGCAAACAUCUUAAGAAGAGUACUUCAGCUCUCAGGAGCCGGGUAG